GUGAACGAGGGCGCGAUGGAAACGACUGGAACGAGCCUCUCCGGUCAGAUGGUCUGUAGAUCAGCAGCGCAGCCGGCCAUAAACCCCCGAACAGCAGAAGCGCGGCUGAGCUGGGAGCUGGAGGGAGCCUCCCCGCCUGCACCACCUUCACACGAGACGAUGAGCUUCUUAUUUGGAAAUCGCUCGUCUAAGACGUUCAAGCCGAAGAAGAACAUCCCGGAAGGUUCUCAUCAGUAUGAGCUGCUGAAACAUGCGGAGGCCACGCUGGGCAGCGGGAACCUGCGGAUGGCCGUGAUGCUGCCGGACGGAGAAGACCUCAACGAAUGGGUGGCUGUGAACACGGUGGACUUCUUUAAUCAGAUCAACAUGCUGUAUGGGACCAUCACAGACUUCUGCUCUGAGGACAGCUGUCCGGUUAUGUCAGCGGGACCCAAAUAUGAGUAUCACUGGGCAGACGGGACCAACAUCAAGAAGCCAAUCAAAUGCUCUGCUCCAAAAUACAUAGACUACCUGAUGACCUGGGUGCAGGACCAGCUGGACGACGAAACACUCUUCCCUUCCAAAAUAGGUGUCCCCUUCCCUAAAAACUUCAUGUCUGUGGCAAAGACCAUCCUGAAGCGUCUGUUCAGGGUCUAUGCUCAUAUUUACCACCAGCACUUUGACUCGGUCAUGCAGCUACAGGAAGAGGCCCACCUCAACACCUCCUUCAAACACUUCAUCUUCUUCGUACAGGAGUUUAACCUGAUCGACAGGAAGGAACUUGCACCCCUUCAAGAGCUAAUUGAGAAACUGACAACGAAGGACAGAUAGAGAGAGACAAGAGGAAGAAAGAGUGAUCCCUCCAUCAUCUUACCGCUCUCCAUCAUACGCUCUGCCUCUCUCUGCCUCUCUCUGCCUCUCUCCGCCUCUCUCCCUCUCUCUCCGUCUCUCUGCCUCUCUCUCCCUCUCUCUCCGUCUCUCUCCGUCUCUCUCCCUCUCUCUGCCUCUCUCUGCCUCUCUCUGCCUCUCUCUCCCUCUCUCUGCCUCUCUCUGCCUCUCUCUCCGCCUCUCUUACGCUUUGUACAGACGCCCUUCCCUGAUUUGUACUCUAUAGCACACGCUAAGCUAACGUUAGCCGGGCAACAGGAAACGCUACAAGAAAACAAGUUAGCGCGAUGCUAAUGGCUGUAAAGGGAGUGUGAGCUGGUCACUCUUAACUGGGCGAUAUAUUCUGUUGUUUUGUUGCUUUACAAGGAAGGAAAAGUGUUUAUUUUCUAACCUCGAGCCUUCAAGUCGUGUUUAGUUUCGCCCCCUUGUGGCCGCUCAUCGUUAUUACGACGUAUCCACCGGUGAGGCUGCGCGACGUGCUCGUGUCUCUUCUCGGAGGCGAUCUGGGUUAUCGGUGCAGGUGAAGCUGACAGCGAAAGGAUGCCAUACAGAUGAAUAUAUGAAGUCUAUUUUCCUAUGCAAUUACUGCUGUUUCGCUUAUGUUAACGCUCAGCAACACUAGUCAUUAAUAUUCGGUUCAUAUUUUCUCCUUCGUUUCUCUGCUUUCAGUUUAUUGCGUUCCUUUUUUUUUGUUUUUAAAUGGACAGGAUUGUGAUAUGAAUAUGAUUUAUGCUGAUUUAGUUUAAUGCGGAUUCCUUGGUGUUGUAUUAACAAGCACAGAUCCUCACCGUUAGUUGUGUUAUGUUAGACGAGCGUUGGCUCCGCGUGGAAAGAGCGGCUCGCUGCAAUCUACACUUUAAAUACGUUAAUAUUUAAUAGAGCUGUUAAAAUCAGACUAACUCAGGACCGUUGGGGCCAGAGCUGGUGCGGUUUUCCGUCAGCGAUCGGAGCUGCCGACGUGUGGACUGUGGCCCUCUGUAGUUAGUUUUGUAGAUCUGACAUUGGAAUCGCUGGUGGUGAUUAAGUGGCCAUGAACGCUCGGCGAGUUUAUCUCUUUUAAGUGUCUGGUUUUGUUUGUAGUUCUUGUUCGUCCACUUUUACUGACCACUCUGUUUGUUUUAGUUUAUAGAACACUAUCUCUCUUUCCUUAGCGGGUUCGUUCGUUUACUCUGCAUUGUUUAACGGUUUAACCUUAACAGCUAUUUUUUCCCCAGGAAUAUUACAGCAGGUGUGCCAACUGUUAUUGGAAACUUUUAAAUAUUUAUAUGAAUAGCAAUGUUUGCCACUGGGAGAUAGAUAGAUAAAUAGAUAGAUAGAUAUAUUUUCCCUGGAUUGUAUAAUAUUUAGGGCAUUUUUGUUUAAUUAUAUCUAAAUGAUAUGUACAGCUGCGGCAGCUGGAACGAGCGUUUUACAGGAAAGGUUACCGAUGAUUGUUUUACAGUAAUAAAAUGCUGUACAUUGGCAAGUAAAAA